UAUUAAUUAUUUUAAUUGUAUAUUAACUAUCUUCUUAAAAAUAAUAUAAAUAUAUAUAUAUAUAUAAAUAAAUUAUAUAAAUAUUUGUGAUAAAUUAUAUAAAUGUUUGUAAUAUUUAUAUAUCUUUACGAUUUUUCUAUUUUUUAAAAAAAAAUUUAGACAAACAAAUACUACUAUUUUUGUGCAAUAUAGACAUAUAAAUUCAAAUUUAGCUGUUUCGCACCGUUUAAAAUAAAUCCAACUCACAUCUACAUUCGCAAUUCAAUUUUUUUAAACGGUCAUGUACUCAAUGUUUCACGAUAGAUUAUACGGGUGAGACUCGCAAAUAAUGAUUUAAAUUACCAUCUCUAGAUGCCGGACGUGAUAAACUGGGAAUUAAAGUCUGUGUUCAGGAUGAAAAAAUGUCUCAAUCUUUGUUUCUCUUACAUAUGCAAAUAUUAUAUAACAAUUAAAAAGCAAAUACAAUAAUUUUACUUCUGAAUUACUAAAUAUAAAACCAAACACAUACUGAAAAAUAAAACAACCUGCUCACCAAAAAUAAAAUAAAACAGCCUAUCCAUAACGAACAAAUAUUCUUACAACAAGAGGUAGUGCAUUUCUUGAACUUGAUUAACCACUAAACUGAUACCGUUUUGUUAAUAAGCCAUAAUAUCUUUAAAUAAAAAAAAAUUAUAACUAUAACAGAAAAAUAGAUAACAUAUUAUUCCAUCUUUCAUCCCACUGAGAUCAACUAAGCUUAGUUUAAACAUAGGAAUCAUGAUUUAUGAAUUAACUAAUUACUUAUAAGUCUAUCUCUUAUCUCUCGUGCGUGUGACUACUACUAGAUUUUUAGAAAUACAUAAAUAAGAGGGCAACAACCCAUUCAGAAGAUGUCGCCACAUAAAUAAAAGUAAAAAGCCUUCUCUCCUCUCUUUCAGUUUCGACAUUCCCCAGAGUCUCUCCACUUUUUGUCUCCAACCAAACAAACCUUUCUUCAUCGUGAAACAGAGCAUAACAGAGAACACAACAGAGACGUUCGACUCUCUGUCUUAAUCUCCCACUAAAUCCUUUGUCUGAAUUCCAAAGUAACUAAAUCCUUUGUCUGAAUUCCAAAAUCGAUGGAAACCGCUAGAGCAAUUCCGGUUCAGGAAACCGGGUCAGGAUAUCAACCCCCUGUUAAUCCAGAUGGAUUUGUGACGAUCGAUGUCGAAAGUUUCACUCCUGUUUUUAACAAAGACUUCUCUUCGUCGAGUCCCAGAAUUACUCUGCAGAGAAGUGUUUCGAGGAAAGGGUCUCCAAGAAGCAAUAACAACGAGAGGAAACUCCAUUGUGACGCAAAUGGUAAUGACAGUGAGACCUCAUUUCCUCAGUCCCCACUUAGAGGAACAAGCACGCCGGAAAAGAUGAGCAUCGUGGGGUCCACAGAUAAUGCAGGUACGCCCACAGCCACAGCCACCGCUGUUUCAGCCUCACCGCUUCAUCAGAUCACCAUUACUACGGCUGCGGCCACCGCCGGAAAUAUGAUAUCCGAUCAAAAUAGAGAAAGAAGAUUUGGUUUUGCGAGGAAGUCGAGUUUUAAACGCUCUCACACAUCUUGGUUGUUUGAUCCCAAGAAAGUCGUCCUCUUCUUUGCAACUUUGUCAAGCAUGGGAUCAAUCUUGUUAAUCAUAUUUACUCUCUCGAUCAGCAAGUCUAAUCUUGGAGAUAUGCCUCUCGAAUAAUAGUAAAAAUACAAGAAGAUAUAAGAGAUGGACCGACCUCAGUUUGUGGCGUUAGAGCGUACCACAAUCUCACCGACCUACAUUUGAGGAGAUGAAUCAGAGGAACAUUACAAAAAAAACAAAGAGCGUAAGGUUGUGAUAAUAAUUAUUUUGUAUAGUUUUUAUUUUUUAAAAUGGAAAAAGGAAACAUCAAGAGAAAGUGAGAAGUGGGCACGCACGAGAUCAUAUGAAUAUUGGAAAAGAAAGCUUAAGACAAGAGUUUAUGACUGUUGUGACAAAGACAGAGAAUCUUCUCUUCUGUUCCUUUUAAUUAAUUUCUUUGUUUUUUCUCAGUUUAUUUUGCCUAGUUAUUGUGUUUUUCAUUUUGUUGUAUUUCUUUAUGUGCAUGUAUAUUAUUGACAUGAGUAUCUUUAGUUUUGCUUCGGGUUCACAUAGAGAUAAUUUGAGUCGUGUAAAAAUUGAAUGAAAUUGAGUUAUUCGCUCGUGUGCUA